AUGGCUUACAAUCGCGGCUACAACCCAGACUCACUACCGGCACACGCCGAACCUGAGCAAGCAGCGCAGAUGCUCACCGGCAACCCCAACAACGGCGGCGGCAGGCGCGACGAUCGUAGCAGCCUGCCCUCGAAUGCGAACUACAAUAAACCGGUCCCUCCACCACCGCAAGUACAGGCUCUCCGACCUGGCCAAGACGAUCGAUAUGGCAGUAGGCAAAGCUCGGGUGGAUAUCAAUCGCCAGCACCGCCUGGCGCAUACGGCUCUUCGAAUCCUCCUCCGCAACAGCAGGGCUACAACGACAACUAUGGCCGACAGAACUCGCCUCGAUACGAUCAGUACAGCCAACAACAAUCACAGUCACAACGGUAUGGUUCGGGCCAAGGGCAGGGAGGAUAUGGCCAACAACAAGCGCCUGGCGGCUUCAGCCAAGCACCACCUCCACGAAGCAGCAGCACAAACUAUGGCGUAAGCUCUCCUCCACCUCAAGCCUCCUAUGGCCAAGGUCCGCGACCCCAAGAAGGCUAUCAUGGCCGACCUCCGAUCCCAGACCACCAGCGCCCGCCUACAGUCGCCCCACCUCGAGAUGGUAACGAUCGUGAUGCUCUAUGGCCUCUUUUCCUACAAGUGGACAAGAAUCGCAGCGGGCAACUUUCCGAAUCCGAACUUUCCUCCGCACUCGUCAACGGCGAUUACACAGCCUUCGAUCCGCAUACCGUCAAGAUGAUGAUCCGAAUGUUCGAUACUGAUAGGUCGGGGACCAUAAACUUUGACGAAUUCUGCGGGCUAUGGGGGUUCCUGGCUGCAUGGAGGGGCCUUUUCGACCGUUUCGAUGUGGACAGGAGUGGGAACAUAUCUUUGAGGGAGUUUGAAGAUGCACUGGUGGCUUUUGGAUACAGGUUGAGCCCACAGUUCGUACAGCUGCUUUUCAGCACAUACGCAAAGAGCCACAGCAGGGGACGAGGAGACGAAAGGGAAAGAGAGAAGGUGCUGAGCUUUGACCUCUUCGUGCAGGCUUGUAUAAGCCUGAAGAGGAUGACGGAUGUGUUUAAGAAGUACGAUACGGAUCGGGAUGGGUAUAUCACCCUGAGUUUUGAGGAGUUCUUGACAGGUGCGCAAAGCCUCUUUCUAUUCAACUCGAUUUCCGCGCAGACGGAUACUGGGUUGUAUUGA